AUGGCGGACCGCUCGACGGCUCGUUCCCGCCGACUAUUUUUCAUGACGACAACGGUUGCAGCCCUUGCGCUGAGUCCCCAGUCCCAUGUGAAGGAGUCGGCUGCAUUGACAGCUCUUCCCAUGCUCAAGGUUGGCUCUCGUCAUGCGCAGGCUCGCUCUGGAACUGCCUUCCGAUUUGGCCCUGCCGCGACGCAACGCAGAUUGCAAAGGCCGCCGCCGCGAUUGGGCGAAUACAGGAUUCUAGAUGGCGGCGCCGGAAAGCCACGGCCGCCGCGACGGCACAACGGGACGCGAUAG